CAUUCGUUUCGUUCUCCAUCCAGUUCAGUUUCUCUAUCUACCUCAGAGGAAGAGUUUCUUUACUCUAUCUAUCGAGCAGCCCUAACAGUCAUUAAUGGCGUCUGUAAAUUUUGGUUGGUUCGAGAACUGGUUUCAGAAACCCCAAAACCCAGUUCCUCAAAUCAGCUUGACCUCUUUCAACAACUCUCAGUUCCUCAAAUCAUCCAGUGCACCAAAUUUUGCCUUCAUUAGUGGUUCAUAUUCAUUUGGUAAAGGGAAAAAAUCCAAACAUCCGUCGGAAACGCCAGGCAAAUACAAGCGAAUGCUUGAUCAGUUCUACUGGGAAUGCGAAACUCUUCCCGACCAUAGAAACACACCAGAGGUUGAGAAAAUUCUCAACGAGGACCCUGUAUUCGAGAAAAAGGAGAAUCCGACGGAGGAAGAGAUCAAUGAUAAUGCUCAGUGGUGGGAGGAAUUCAGGAAGGACCCCGUAGUUCAGUUCUUGAAACGGGUGGAGGAGAUUGAUGAUAAGAUUAAUGAGAUGGAGCUCAAAGAGAAUGAAGUUCCUUAUAGGAAAGAGGACCGGAAGCUUUGGAAGGCUUUGCCACAUGUCCCGGGAUUGGACGGGCGGCCAAUGCCGAGGAAGGCGAUUAAGACCCGUGAGGAGUCUGAUAACAAGUUCUGGGAUUUUACGAGGCAGUUUUUCUUUGGACUUUGGGGAUUCAGGCAGAGGCCUUACCCUUCUAGCCGGCCAAUUGACGUUGCGCAGGCUAUUGGCUACAAGCGACUUGAGAAGCGUUACUACGAUUUUAUCAUGAGAAGCGGUGGAUGGUACUACAAGGAUCGCUUGGGUCGUACAAGGGGGCCGCUGGAACUAAUAACACUUAAAACUGCAUGGGGUGCUGGGAUAAUUGAUAAAGACACUUUCAUUUGGGGUGAAGAUAUGGAUGAAUGGGCACCAAUCCACAUGGUUUAUGGGUUGGAACCAGCAAUUGCCACUUGGGAAGUUAGGUUAGGUGCUGCUGCUACAGCUUUUAUUCACAAACUCAUGAAAGGUAUUCCUCCCUGGGUUCCCCUGAAGGGGCAUGAGAAGAAAACAUAUAAGCAGCUUCAAGAAGAGGCACUUGAGAGCAAAAGACGUGAUUUAGCUGUACUUAAGGCAAAUGGUGGUAUGUGGCCCGGGGUCAGAACCCCCAGUCAUGCAUUGUUCCUUUGGGCUAGUGGAUCUGAACUGACAACGAUUUUAGAGGAAGACCACAUGCCCAACAAAUACAUUCCAAAAGAUCUUAGGAUUCAACUUGCUAAAGCUAUACCUGGUUUGAGGCCAUGGGAAGUCUUAAGUAUAGAGCAAGCAAUGGAUCAAAUAACAUAUGAUGGGGAAUGGUAUCGCGAACCUCUUGGUUCAUACACAACAGGUCCUCCAUACAUCAAGCAUUGGAAUAAGGAUGCUAAGAGGUUGUUUAGGAACUUCUACGACCUCAGCUGCCGUGUGGUUAACAAACUGGAAACGACAAUUCCAGGAUUUAGUACUGUGAUAGAGAAAGUCCGGGCAGAUAUAGAUGCUCGACAUGCAAAGCGGAAGGAGAAGAGAGAUGCAGAGAAGAGGCUUGAGCAAGAGAUAGCGCUCUUCGGUCGACCUCGAUCAGAUCCAUAAUGUUUUCUCAUGCUUUCAUAGUUUUGGUUCGUGUACAGAAAGUCAUCGUUUCUUCUCUGCUGAAGCCCUGAAGGGUUGAGAUGAUAUAUGAGCUUCUUCAAAUGAUUGUGAUUGUAUUACUUCUAGUAGUAGCUCGUCAUUGGCUCGUGACCUUGUUUGAGGAAAAUGUAAACGUUUUUGUGGUUUUUAGUUUUUACAUGGGUUGGGACUUGAGAGCAGGGGAUCUGUUUAUUGGUUGGCAUUGGGGUAUGAGGGUAUCAUCCACCAUUGGCUCGGAUGUUUUCAACCCAGCGCUGUGAACUUCUGCUUGCGGCUCGUAGUUGGUGUUUAGCAUCUAGUUGUUCACUUGUUCUCCUAAUGUUAUAAAGUUGAACAUGUAGUGAUGAUACAAGUAACUUUUGAAAUUCUAUUUCUCUGCUAUGCCAACUAUUUGAUUGGGUCUGGUCUGAAUGACCUGUUGUUAAAUUGGUUUCAACUUCUAUGGUUAA